GCCACAAAUACAAUCAUCUCUCUUCUCUCUCUCCCAAUUCACAUCUCUCUAUAUAAAACACCCUGAUUUGUCAUUCAUUGUUUUUUUCUGUGAAGCCGCUCGCUCUCUUAUUAGUUAUUACACAGCCUCCUCAUCACAUUUUCCACCUUGUUCUUGUAACAGUUUAUUUACUGAUUCAAUUUCCCAGUGAGUUUUAGCAUCUGGGAUUUGAGAUUUAAUCAAGAGCGAGCGGCCAAACAAAAACAGAGCAAUCAUCCAUAUAUGGAUUCAUGUUCAUCUAAGAGUAAAGGAAAAUCAAAGAAGAUGAUUGGAAUGGAUUGGGAGAGAGACGAAGGACAAAAAUAUUGCCCUGCUUCCUUUUCAAACCGCCCUUUCAAGAAAGUCCGUAGCCCCGACCGCCGCCACAACUCCUCGUCAUCUACUUCGCCGCCGCUUCUACCGGCAAUGACGUCUCCGCCUCCGUAUUUCCCCUUCUCGCUGCCGCCAGAGAACUCGGGGUCUAAUCCGACCCCAUUGUUCCGGCCGCAGCAGCAGAUGAUCUCAUUCACGCCGCACCACCAGCAAAAUACGGCGUUCCCGCCAUAUUUUGCCGGGGAGGCGGCGUCUAUGCAGCAGCAGCAGAUGCUGCUGCAGUACUGGAGCGACUCCCUCAAUUUGAGCCCGAGGGGGCGCAUGAUGAUGAUGAGCCGCCUCGGGCAGCCUCUGUUCCGCCCUCCCGGUAUGCCCCUGUCGGCGACGAAGCUCUACCGGGGCGUGCGGCAGCGCCACUGGGGGAAGUGGGUGGCCGAGAUCCGCCUCCCCCGCAACCGCACGCGCCUCUGGCUCGGCACGUUCGACACGGCCGAGGACGCCGCCCUCGCCUACGACCGCGAAGCGUUCAAGCUCCGCGGCGAGAACGCGAGGCUCAACUUUCCCGACCUUUUUAUCGGGAAAACGGCGGUACCUCAGCCGAUAGCAGCGGACGAAGAGGAGAAUUCCUCUUCCUCCGCUGCUCCUCCGUCAGUGCCGGUGCCAGCGGCUGCAGCACUGGCACUGACACUGACAAAUGAAGAGGAGGAGGAGCCCCCGCCUUCCGCUGAGGAAGUGGAAGACGGAGACAAUGCCGGCAGCGCAUCGCAGUCGUCGGAGCUGGUGUGGGGUGGCAUGGAGGAAGAGGAGUGGUUCGAGUCGAUUCCGGCGGGGUGGGGCCCGGGAAGCGCGGUGUGGGACAAUUUGGAUUCGAAUAAUAAUUUGAUGCUUCCUCCAAAUCUUGUUCCAUUUGAGAAACAAGACUCUGAAAAUCAUUGUGAUGCACACAAACAAGACAACAGAGAUUCAUCAUCUUCUUCUACUUCUUCUGCUGUCAGACCCUUCUUCUGGAAAUAACUCUCUCUCUCUCUAGAAAAGGAGAAACAUCUUUUUAGUCAUCUCCUCUUCAAUUCUAACUCUCAUCAGAUGCAGAGGGCUGUGUAUUAGAGGCCAAUUUGCAUGGGAAUGUGUGAGUGUGUGUGAUUUAGUUUUAGUUUUAGUUUUAGUUUUAGCUUUAGUUUUAUUUGAAGUUUGUAAAAUCAGGAGACAUUUUUUGUGAUCUCCUCUAUUACUAUUAGUGGUUUUAUCCAUCAUUGUUUCAUUA